AUGGCCAGAUCAACGAUUGUCCAGGAAUAUGCUUCCCCAGCGGUCGCCCAAACAUCGCUAUCACUGGACCGGAAGACGGCGCGUGAAGUUGAGAAUGAAGGCUUCAAGCGCCCAAAGGGAUACACGGUCUCGUGGCACGCAAACCCUGACGUUGAGCCGCAUCACUUUGGCUCGUCACAUCCAAUGAAACCAUGGCGACUCACUCUAACGAAGCAGAUCGUCAUGGCCUACGGCAUGCACCAUGCCAUGGACCUGUACAAAACGCGCGAGGCGACAUACGAGGAGAUGGCCGAAUUCCACAGUCCAGAAUAUCUAGAUUUUCUCCAAACCGUCAUCCCCUCAGACAUGGAAAAUACAGCUCUCAAUGACCGCAUGGCCGGCUUCAAUUUUGGCGACGACUGCCCAGUCUUCGACGGCCUCUACAACUACUGCUCUCACUACGCAGGCGGCACGCUUGAUGCCGCGCGCAAGCUCUGCAACAACCAAUCCGAAAUCGCCAUCAACUGGUCCGGCGGCCUCCACCACGCCAAAAAAUCCGAAGCCAGCGGCUUCUGCUACAUUAACGACAUCGUCCUGGGCAUCCUCCAGCUCCUCCGCCUGCACCCGCGCGUCAUGUAUAUCGACAUAGAUGUGCACCACGGCGACGGCGUCGAGCAAGCCUUCUGGUCCACAGACCGUGUCCUCACAGUCUCCUUCCACAAAUACGACAAGGACAACUUCUUCCCCGGCACCGGCGGGCUGGACGACACGGGGCCCUCCAACCCCUUCAACCCGGGCGCGCACCAUGCGCUCAACGUGCCCCUCCACGACGGUAUAGAAGACGCCGAGUACGUCUCACUCUUCAAAUCCAUCAUCGGCCCGUGCAUCCGCACCUACCAGCCCGGCGCCAUCAUCCUGCAAUGCGGCGCGGACAGCCUUGGCUGCGACCGCCUGGGCUGCUUCAACCUCAACAUCCGCGCACACGGCGCAUGCGUCGCAUACACAAAGACGUUCAACCUGCCGACUCUCGUCGUAGGCGGCGGCGGCUACACGCCGCGCAACGUCUCGCGGCUCUGGGCGUACGAAACCGCCAUCUGCAUCGACGGCGCCACAGACAUCAACCCGCAACUGCCCGACUCGCUGCCCUUCCGCAGCCAUUUCAAGCCGGACUGCUCGCUGUUCCCGCCGCUGUCGGACAUGCGCAGGCUGGAGAACCGGAACUCGAAAGCGUACCUGGAGUCCGUGACGCAAGCGGUGCUGGAGCAGCUACGCUACAUCAAGGGCGCGCCAAGCGUGCAGAUGCGCCAUAUCCCGCCGGAUAUUAUGGGACUGCGGGAGGACAUAGAAAAGGAAAUCGAGGCGGAAAAGGAAAUGAUGGAGGCGGAGCAGGAGGAAAGGGCUGGGGCUGGCAGUAAUGGAGGCAAGUGGAGUCGGAGGAAAGAUUUGGAGAAAGGGUUGGGGAUUUAG